AUGCGCGGACCCGGGCGCCCCCUCCUCCUGGGGCUGUUGCUGGUGCUGGGGGCGGCGGGGCCCGGCCAGGCGCGCGCGGAGCCCCGGGAGCCCGCAGACGGGCAGACCUUGCUGCGGCUGCUUGUGGAGAUCGUCCAGGAGCUCAAGAAACACCAGUCCGGGGAGUACGCGAGGCCGCAGCCCCACGGCGGGCAGGACUGCGCUCCCGCUCACAGCCAGGUCCUGGACUUCGGGCCUUCGCAGGACGAGCAGAGAGUGGAAAUUGUUCCUCGAGAUCUGAGGAUGAAGGACAAGUUUUUAAAACACCUUACAGGCCCUCUUUAUUUUAGUCCAAAGUGCAGCAAACAUUUCCACAGACUUUAUCACAACACCAGAGACUGUACCAUUCCUGCAUACUAUAAAAGAUGUGCCCGACUCCUCACUCGGCUGGCGGUCAGCCCAGCAUGCGUGGAGGGAAAGACAGCUGUCCAGGAACCCUCCUCACAAAGGGAAGUUCCAUUUUCUGAGUGGCCGCACUGGUUUGCCUCCUGUAAGGUGGAUCAGAGGGUGGGUGCUCUCACUGGGCAGCUGGGCAACAGUGAGGGGUUGGGCGCCAAGGGCAGCAGGGAGGCAGGUGCUGAGCAGGCAGAGCUGUGA